GCCAUCCACGCUCCCCGCGCGAACUGCAUAUGUGGUCGACUUAGCACAUAUGCGCGUGUUAGCUGGACCGCGCCUGUGACCCAACGUCAGCACGCGCGCGUCAAAUGCAAGCGUUUGCAGUUUGUCCUCCAUUUGCUAGCGCGUUGGACUCAACAGCUGUGACACACAAAUCAGAAUGGCACAUACUGCGCUGGGAGUCCCCGGCCAGAGCCUCUUUCGGCUGCUGAACGGCCGGGGCAUCAGCCUUUCCGCGGCGCUGCACACCGUCGCGGCGGGCUCUCGGCCUCUGGGAGCACAGAGUGCCAUAACCCAGAUAGAUGAAUCAGCUCUGGGCGGCAAUCGGCCUUUCUACCGGGCGAUGUUGGUGGACGCAGCCGGUACCUUUCUGAUACCCACGGAGCAGGUUGCCGAUGUAUAUUUGCGGUAUGCGCGGCCUCAUGGCUGCAUGCUGGAGGAGGGCGAAGUGCUGUCGCGCUUCCGCAGGGCCUACAACAUGCCCUGGAAGGCUUCAUCCCUGCGCUAUGUGGGCGAUGCUCGGGACUUCUGGCAUUGCAUUGUGGCAAACUCCACAGGCUGCGACCGGCCGGAGGUGUCGGAGGCUAUCUACGAGUACUACUCGCGGCCUGAGGCAUGGCGUGUAGCGCCGGGCGCGGUGGCGGCACUGCAGCGGCUGCGGGACGCGGGCGUGUUGACGGCGGUGGUGUCCAACUUCGACACACGGCUGCGGCCACUGCUGCGAGACCUGGCGGUGCAGGGGCUGUUCGACGAGGUGGUGGUGUCGGCGGAGGUGCACGCGGAGAAGCCCAACCCGGUCAUAUUUGACGCGGCCAUCCGUGCGCUCAGCGCCGCCGCCGUGACCAAGGGGACCCUUGCGACCGCCUCACUGUGCCAGCGCCACAUGACACCUGCGCAUCACCACCACCACCACUCCCAGUACCAGUAUCAGCACCACCAACACCAACACCAAUUCAACCACCAGCACCAGCACCAGCACCCCUACAGCUCCGUCCAACCCUACCCGCACCACGACUCGCACCCGCAGCAGCACCAGCACCACCAGCCUUACCACGUGUUGGGCAUGAGCCCCGCCGCGCGCGCCGCCGCCAGCUCGGCUGGCCGUGCGGGUGCGGCCUGGCACGACCACGCCCACGGGGGCGCCAGGGGCCCCUGCACACGUGAGGACUUCUCUCCGCUGCUGCCCGAGCAGGUGGUGCAUGUGGGCGACGACCGGCGCAAUGACUGCUGGGGCGCGCGCGACGCCGGCAUCACGGCCUGGCUGUGGGGCUACGACGUGCGCAGCUGGGAGCAGGUGGCGCAGCGCGUGCUGCACGGCGCUGAGCUUGACGACGAUGAUGAUGACGGGAGUGACGGUGGCGGAUCCGGCGCCGGCAUGACGCGUGCCGCUGGGACCGCCUAGUCCCGGCACCCUGCCUUGACAUGUGGACGCAUCAGGCGCAGCGCGAGUGCUUAUUGCGGCAGCGCCUGCCGCGUGACCCGGCUCUUCCACGCGCGCUACGCGGGCUGCCGCACUGCGCCGGCGCUUUCACACCGGCCCUCUCUUGGAAGGCUGUGCACAGGUGCACGCCAAGGCAACACGGGGGGAUGGGUUUAAGAGCUUUCUAGGUUACUGUAUACAUAGGUGUAGCUGUGUCUAAGUAGCGUUCGUUAUGUGCCUUGUGUUUGUGUUCGGUAUGGCCGCCUGGCGCUGGCAUGCAACGACAGCGUGGUCACAAUUUUGAUAUUUAGUAAGAUACAGUUGCUGGUGGGCGUGUGGUUGCACCAUUCGACACGCCUAGCCCAACCACCAGGGGGCGGAAGCUAUGCCUGGGCAUUAGGGGCCAGGGCCGUGAGCAUACACGGAUGCUUGGCGGGGAGCUGCGCUCUAGAAUGUGUGAGAAUGUGGAAGUGGGCUGGGUGCUAGUUGGCUGAGAAUCUCUGGUUGUAGCACAUCCCGAGCUUGCAUGGCCGCAAGCCAAAGCCUGAGGCACAAUGAUGGACUUCACCCAAUGUCGUGCCAGUGCAUGUGUUUGCAUAUGAGCGUCGCGUGUGAGCGUCGGGACGAACGGCCGCGGCUGACACAAGUCAUUCGCUUGUUGCGGUUUGAACAGGCGAACAAAGCCAGCAGGCAUGCUUUGCUCAAGAAGAGAAUAGCGUAGUGGGAGUAUGCCAGUUUCGGGAUUUAUAUUUAGAAUGCGGGAAACAUGUGGGAUAAUGUAAUGUGUGAGAACGUGGUGCGGAGCUUCCGUCUGCUGGCUGCGCGGGCGGACACCAACAUAUAUUACUGCUGUUGUAUGGGUUCAUCACAUCUCCACACUGACGGAGUGUACUGCCCAAAGGCUUGAAGCUGUGAAUGUUGCAAUGGGCUAGCUGUUAGGGGGGCAGCUGGACAGAGACAGGAGUGCGGAUGGGCUAGCUGUCAGGGGUGCGGCUGGACAGAGACAGUCCCCGGGCAAGGGUGGGCUGGAAUGAGCCAGGUAUGGUCCGGCCCACUUGCGGCAGUACGUGAUGAAGGCAGCUACAGCCGCAAGCGCCUUGAAGCGGCUUCUCUAGAGGAGACAGAAGUGGAGCUGAUUUCUCGCAUUCAUUGACAAGCACAAGAGGUCUGAGUAGAGCCGCACUGUGGGGCCGUGGAGUAGGGCAUAUUGUUGUGCAAACCGAACGACGUGCAGCGACGGCGGUGGCGGUCGCGGCGGCACCAGGCGAUGCGGCAAGCAAGUGCGGGCAGAAGUUAAUCAGGGCGCAGCAGAAUGCCAAAGCGCUAGCGAGUUGAGGAGAGCUAGCGCGAUCAGUGGCGGAGUUACUGGACGGGGGCGCAAGUUGCUGUCAGUGUGGAGUCAGCCUGCGCCUGUUUGCCCGAACCCCUCACAUGCCCAGCAACUUAAGCGACAAGUGUUCCUUGGUCACGGGAAAAGGGGCUGAGAUAAAUAGUAUAAUGGCGGUUCUUGGACAGCUCUGACUUACCCCCAACGAACUCGUGUACGGCACCCCAACCCCCCUCAGCCGUGUAGAAGUUGUCGUGGCAGUCGGCAGCUGCACGAGUGUGAGCAGGUAGUUGUACGGCGGCCCGGCUACCUGACUGUAAUUGUAGUGGGGUGCUCUGGAAACAAUGGUACAGGGGAGGUGACGGACCUCCCCUGCAAUGGUAUGUCAUCUGCUAUCCUCACGUCACGGAUUCAACCCGCGCCACCUGCUGGGCACGGAUGUAUCCCGGCUCUGCUUCCGGGGAUACGUCUGGACUGAGUAGUUUCGCAGCUCUGCUCCCGCAUCUGCGAGUCGAGCUCGUUGGGACGCCUCAUCUGGAGGGGGGAUAGUUGCAGUGCGUUGCUGUUGAAAGGGCGUUGACGGCGUUGGCGCUAGUCGGCAGGCGCGCAAGUGGGAGUGGGCAGUUGAGCGCGCACGCGUGUAGGAAGCUGCGGCAGAGCACGGUGGAGCACGGCGGAGGCUGGCGGUUGGCGCGGCGCGCGCGUGGGAGUGCAUACAUAAUCGCGCGCGUCCCUUCACUUGUAAUCCGCAUCCAUA